GUUGCUUUCAAAAACUCUCACUCUGGGUGAAAAUACCUUGGUGAUAGUGAGGUUGGUCAGGGCUUCCAAAGGUCGUUUAACAUCCCUUUUCCUUGUCCGUUACUAGCGACAAAUGGCACACAGCCUUUCUCCAGAGUGCACACCGCUAAAACAUGAAUACGAUUCUUGUUUCAAUACUUGGUUUCAAGGCUACUUGGAACCCGCUGUAGCCGCCUCUGUCGACUCCGAGACACGCUCGGCUUACUCGAAACAAAAGGCAGAAGAGUUUGAGCAGAAAUGUGGCAAGAUUUGGGGCCAAUAUCGAGAAUGUGUGCAGAAAGCAGUAAAGGAGAAAGGUCUGGGAGAGUUAUUGGAACAAGCUAGAGAAGAGAAUCCUUUGAAGGAACCUCCACAACCCCCACCGGAAGUCGAAAUAACGCAGUCGUCUUCAUCAUCCACGUAAUUUGGCGUCAUGGUUAUCCAACAUCACCAUCACUAUCGCGCGACUGCCUACACUUACAACUCAUAACUCACUAUAGCCAUUAUCAGGACAAUCCAAGUCAAAAGUAUGUAUGUACUUUACAGUCAAACUUAUCGCCCCACUCUACUCCACU